UGACAUUUUUAAAAGAAAUUCCGAUAUUAAGAACACUCCGCCAUUGAAAAAAACAUUUUUUCUACCAUUUUUAAAGGAAAUUCCGAUAAUAUGAACACUCCGCCCUAAAGAAAACUUUAAAAAUAUAAGCCUAUGUGGUCUCAUUAGCAGGAAUCUACGACGUUUCAGUUCUACAGUUUCCAUCUUUUCAUUACCUUGAAUCUGCGACAUUUCAGUUAAUAUAUAGUUUCCGACUUUUAAUUGCCUUGGUUACCAGUUUUCUUUAUCGUUGUAUCUCUUAGACAUUGCACCAUUGUUUCGAAGAAUCACAAUUUCAGUUUUCAAGUUUCUAUGUACGAACAAGGCCCUAUAACAUGUGGUCUUUACUUAAGCUGCCAAUCGCGAAAUAAAAGGCAAUGUCAAAAGUAAAGGUAAAUUUUAUUUACCGUCGCUUUGUGAAACAACAUAAGCUCUGUAGAGCUUUUGAGCGACCCUAUUUAUGAACAGUUAAAACCAAUUAUACCUUAGCCCCAGCAAUUUGCUGGUACCCAUUUACAGCUUGGUCGACUGAGGCAAUCGUGAUAAAGUGCCUUACCCAAGGACACGCCGCAAAGGGAGUAGCCAGGAUUCGAACCAGGGGCCUUCAUCUCCGUAGGAAAGCAUCUUAGCCCUUUCGACCAAUGCGUCCACAGAAUAAAGGCAUAUCAUCAACUCCUCUGAAUUUGCGACUAUCAAAGUUUCGCGGCAAUCUUUGUUUUCACUUGCAUCCCAAAUGUGCGACCAUGAUAAGAAGUUGCUCUACUAUGACGUCCUAUAUAUUGACAAAAAUCGUGCAGUUUAAACAGGUAAGAACCUUGAAAACGAAGUUUGUAAAUCAUAUCUCCAUGAAAGUCUGGUUUUGAUAUAGCGUCUCGCAGAAGUGUCUUUAAAUUGCUAUUGUAUUUCAAGAUCAAAUCUGAAUUACGAUGGUAAAAUUUGGAAAAGUAUUUACGUAAUUUAUGAUAACAUAGCUCUGUUGAAGAAGCUUUUUUGUAAUACAUAAGUUACGUUCAUUGAAAUCCUCAGCAUGACUACUAGCUUUUGCAAACCGAAUUAACUGAGCAAUAUAUACCCCAUAAGAUGUAGCCUGGGAUACAUCCCCAUCCAAAUGAGGGAAAUUUGCAAUACUGAAAUUAAAAUCAUGCCUCUUGUCAUAAAUUUUGGUAUGAAUGAAAUUGUCGGAAAUAGAGAGAUGUAAAUCUAGAAGUGAAGAGUUUUAUCCGAGAAGUUAGUUUUAUUUAACUGCAGCUCCCUGGGAUAAAUAAUUAUUUUCCACUAACUGAUCGAAAACGGAUUAUCCAUAUUAAGUAUAUCAUCCAAUUAGCGUGAUGCAUUAUUAAAUGCAGUAAUAAUGUCUGCCUGUGUAUCUUGAUAAAAACUCAACAUAGAAUCUCUUUCAUAACAAUAUAAAAACAAAUCAGCGACAAGGGGUGUACAAUUUGUUCCCAUGGGAAUACCAAUUACUUGUCUGAAAACUGCAUUCCCAAACCUGACGUAAAUAUUGUUCAAUAAAAAGGAAGGGGUUGUACAAACUUCCUCAGGAAUGUAAAAAGGUUAAGUCGUACUGCUAGCACAUGACCUUUGCAAGCUUAUAGCAUUUUUCCCAUUUACUCAGUAAAAGCAGACUUUUUCCAUUGAUGUAGUAAAAAACGGGAAAUUUCAAGUGAAAGUAACCGACCAACGGAUCUUCAUGAAACAAAAUACAAAUUGCGCUAACUGCAGUAAAUUGUCCCCUAAAUUAGUUUUACAAAUCAUAAAUACCUACAUAAUUAAGUUAUCCAUUGAUGGAUCUUGAUACAUCACUGUAGGGCAGUUUUGCAGAGGCAACUUUUGCCAGAAUAUCAUAUCAGCCAAGUAGCCAAUAAAUAGAAAUGUAGUAUUUAAUUCAAAAGUAUUCUAGGACGAAAAAGAUACAUAUCUACAGAUCGAGGCGUUUGUUCAUCGUGGCGAUUUAAUAAAAUACAUUGUGUCUAUAACUUCUGGUUGGUAGGUUCUUUCUGAGGACAGGUUUGUACUGGUGCUGAAUCCAGGAACACAUGUUAGGUUAACUGCACGCCAUGUCAGAACGGCGUUAAAACGAGGACAUGGAGGCAAUAUCACUUGCCCCUCAUCGAUGCGGGUUGAGUCUCACUCGGGGCGUUGUAUUGUUCAUGCGAGGAAGCCAUCCAGCUGGCUUACGGAAGGUCGGUGGCUCUACCAAAGUGCCCGCCCAUAAUGAAAUAAUGCACGGAGAGGCGAAUACAAGUUAAUUGACUUUUCUUGUUAAAAGAGUCGAAGGUAAUGCAAUACCGACUUUUACAAAGUAUCAAACAGAGAGAUGUCAAAGUGCGGAAGGUGAGACUGAGAACAGUGAAAAAGGAGUAGAGUACUUAAAUCAGAUUAAACCUAAUAUUUAUACUGAUUGUGUGCAUUUUAUUUAGACUACUGAAUGCUUGACAGAUGAAACAAAUUAACGUAUACCAUUUGUAUUAAACAAUGGAAUGAAUAUACAUAAUUAGGUCAUAAUACUGAUAAAGUUUAAGACGACUAGCUGUUAUCAUAAGUCGUUAUCCAAUCCUAAUUUCAGUUCAAGUAUUUGUGUAAUAUAAAGUAAAAGGACGAAAAUGUUUAAUGACGUUUAAAAAGCUAAAUCUCAGAUCUACGCGAUACUUCAAAAAGAAAAUUACCUCACUGUCACAUAUAGCGUAAAAAUGGACAACAGAAAGAAAGCUUCAGAAGCAGAUACAGAUGCUGAUGAAUUAAUGUUGGCUAAUAUAUCUGCGAAUAUUGGUGACUUUUAUGAGAAAACGACAGAUGUCACAGUAAACCAAGUUUUGAAUAAGAUGACUAAAUUUGUUAUCUUUAGAAAUCUUUUUACCGUUAGCUUUGCAUUUAUGCUUCUUUUCAGUGCUUUUGAUUCCUUCGCAAAUUUGCAAAGUUCAUUGAAUAAAGAGGAUGGACUUGGAACUUCAGGGAUGGCUUUAGUGUACACAGCUAUGGUGUUAACGAGUUUGUUUUUAAAUCCUUUUACAAUGGCGCGUUUCUCUUACAAAUGGAUAAUGGUCGUAUCAAUGAGUGCAUACAUACUCUAUGUAUCGACUGGAUUUUAUCCCGCCUGGUCUACCAUCAUUCCUGCUUCACUCAUAUUAGGCAUGGGUGCUGCGCAUCUUUGGCUAGCAGUGCAGGCUUACAUCACUGAUAUUGCUAAACGGUAUGCUUACAUCACCCAGUCAAAUGUUCAAGAUCGGGUGUACCUGUUCCUAGGAAUAUUUUAUGCUUUCCUUUAUACAGGCAAUAUCUGGGGUAACCUAAUAUCGUCUUUGGUAUUUCAACGUAAAUCUGUAAACACCACAUCAAAAGAUACGCUUUCCUUGUGUGGAUCCAAUUUUUGUCCAUACAAAGAGACGAAUGACUCCAUUAUUACACCUCCUUCUCGGAGACAGGUGUACAUUUAUACAGGUGUCUGUACAGGAAUGUGCUCUCUUGCUCUAAUUCUGAUGCUAUUGUUUUUGACCGACACGUCAUCUGGUGGGCAGCAAAUCAUCUCUAUAUGUAAAAAGCUUCGCCAAGUUACAGUGCAAAUAUUUACUUCUAGAAACCAGAUGCUACUAACGUUUGCAACAUUACUAAGUGGUUUAGGAGGCGGCUUCACAGCAGGUGACUUCACUAGUGCCUACAUAAGCUGUCCCUACGGAAUAGAGAAUGUUGGUUUUGUAAUGAUAACUUACGGUGUAAGCCAAUCAUUGUUCAGCGUAUUGUUUGGAAAGCUUAACCAAUACACUGGACAUGUCGCUAUCUACAUUUUUGGUUUUCUAGCCCAGUUGUCAGCUUACUUAACUUUGUUACUAUGGAGUCCAAAAAGUUCCGAGUAUGGAGUUGUCUACGUACUUGCAUCUUUAUUUGGAAUAGGCGGAGCAAUUAACACGCCUUUAGUUGCCGCCCUAUACAAUAUUUACUUCGAAAAGGAUAGAGAUGUGGCAUUAUCAAGUUUUCGUGCUAUAAGUUCAGUAGGAUGGGCUGCUGCGUUUGGUUACAGUAGUUGGUUGUGUACUGUGUAUAAAGUAUACACAUUAAUAUGUGUCCUGGUCAUAGCACUUGUUACUAUUAUACUGCUAGAUGUGGUGCACAAGAAAGAAAAGAAACGUUGAUUACUAAAUUGAUUGCGUUCUACCAUACUGAGUUUUUACUCAAUGACGUUACAAAGGAACAAUUUUAUCAUCGUCUUGGUUUAAAUCAUCUUAUAUUCACACAUUCUUAUAUUCGAUAAUUGUAACGAUUAUUUUAUUUGUAUAUCUCUAUGAAAUACUAUGUGAAGGUGU